AUGAGGGCGUCGCUAACAACGUGUCUGCUGCGCGAUGGAACCAUGUAUUUCAUAGCUCUACUAGCUGUCAAUAUAGCCCAGCUAAUGACAUUCAACGUCUCCGAUACGGAGAAAUCACUAAUAAGUACGGCGAUAGUGAUUCUGCCCCCGAUGCUCAUCAGCCGCUUCAUCAUCAACCUCCGGACGGCCAGCUCGAUAACGUCGGACUACUCUACGCACGCGAGCGACCAGCAGCAAGGACAGCCGGCAAUGCAGUUCAGAAGGCCAAUGGGUCGGUUGGGAAAUAUUGAGGGAACACUGCAGGAUGGCUGGAGCGACGAACCUUGUGAUGAAGAAAGUGAUGUCGCGGAAGUGGGAGAGGAGGGAUGUCAUGAGAGUGGCGCUGAAGCGUGA